GCGCGCGCCGGCGCCUGCGACUUUUCGCGCAUCGCGCGCGACGCGCCGGGCGUCGCGCUCCGGGCGCACGGCCGCGCGCGCGUCGGCGGCGCCAAGGACGAGCCGCCCAAGUUCGAGUUCUCCUCCGCGCGCGGCGGCGUCGAGCAGCGGCGCGCGGCCAUCGCCGCGGAGCUCGAGUCCGCGCGCCGCGACGCCGCGGCCGACGACGGCGACGACGGCGACGACGACGACGACGCCGUCGAGGACGACGUGUCCGAGGCGGACGUCGAGGCCGCCAAGGCGCGGCUCGACGCGGCGAAGAAGGAGGUCAAGGAACUCGCGAAGGAGCUCGACCGCCAGCGCCAAUCCACAAAAUCGCCGCGGUCCGCCAAACGGCCCGCGUCCGGCGUCGCCGCGGCCGCGCGGCGCAAAAAGCAGGCGGUAGCGCCUUCGAACCGCAAGCGGCCCCGCGACGCCGACGCGACCGACGACGAGGACGAGCCGCCGCCGGAGAGCAUCGCGCUCUAG